UAAAAUGAGCAGUACAGGAACAUUACCUGUCUCCUUAAUCAAAACGUUACUUUUGGAAGGUUAUCUCCCACGAAACUCUUCGAAGCAAUGACCUCCGAGUGAGAUACCUGUGCAAGCAUGCUGCACCUGAAGCGCAAUCUGCUUAGGUCUCUGACACGGAGAUCCAUUCUUGCAGGGCUGCUGUUGUCCGUCAUUAUGGCAUUCUACUGUCUCUCUUCAACAGUCCAGAUAAAUAUACACAGGAAGUCACAGGAGUCUCCCUGCCUUCAAACCCAAAAUGAGACGUCCAAUAUGUCUGGUCAAGAAAGCCAUUGUGUUCCAAAAACUAACCUCAUGUUCAUGAAGACCCACAAGACAGCCAGUAGCACCUUACUCAACAUCCUGUUCCGCUUUGGAGACAAGCACCACCUGAAGUUUGCCCUCCCAGACGGACGCAAUGACUUCUUCUACCCAUCUUUUUUCCACCACUCACAUGUGCGAGAUUACCGUCCAGGCGCUUGCUUCAAUGUGAUUGGCAACCACAUGCGCUUUAACAGACUCGAGGCGGAACAGCUUCUGCCUCCUGGUGCUGCUUACUUCACCAUCCUGCGCGACCCGGCUGAAGUCUUUGAGUCGUCCUUCCACUACUAUCACCGUGUGGUGCCGUUCACCUGGUUCAUUCCAGGGGAUGACAAACUGAUGGCAUUUUUGGAAGACCCAGCACAGUACUACGACCCUGAUGGAUUCAACUCAUUCUACCUCAAGAACCUGCUGUUGUUUGACUUUGGAUAUGACAACCUCUUGGAGGCAAAUGACCCGCAUGUGACACAGGCAAUCCAGGAGGUAUCUGAGCGAUUUCAGCUGGUUCUGCUGGCUGAGCACUUCGAGGAGUCCCUCAUCCUGCUGAAAGACGCCCUUUGCUGGGAAAUGGAGGACCUGCUGUUCCUCAAGCUCAAUGUCAGGAAGGGCUCCUCAGUAUCUCGACUCAGCCCCGCAUUGAGGGCCAAGGCCCUUCGAUGGAACAGUGCUGACUGGAGGCUCUACCGCCACUUUAACAACUCUUUCUGGGCAAAAGUGGAAGUGUAUGGCCGUCAGCGUAUGGAGAGAGACGUGGAGGAUCUGAGGAGACGGAAUGCAGAGAUGAGGGCCUUGUGUGUGGAGGGUGGAGCUGCUGUGGACCCUACCGGAAUCAAAAACACAGAGCUGGCACCAUGGCAACCCAUGGGGGAGAAGUCCAUUAUGGGAUACAAUCUGAGAAAGAACAUUGGAUCUCAGCAUGCUGAGCUAUGCCGUAAGAUGCUCACACCGGAGAUCCAAUACUUGUCAGAGCUCGGGGUCAACCUCUGGGUCACAAGGCUAUGGGGGUGGCUGAAGGACAGUGUCUUCUGGUUGUCUUGAUCAAUGUAUGAGGACAUGUAGUUGUUCGAGUGUUCUACACCAGAUCUUAAAAUAAUUUGUGGACACUGACAGACUAUGACAUUAACUUCUGAUGAGUUUUAGAUAAACUUUUUAAGAAAUAAUGAUAUCCUAGAGCAGAAUAUAGGCCUAGCGUUUAUGUAAGAUUACAAUGUUCAUUGCUAUGUGUUGACAGGUGGCAGAGUUGUCUUUGAAUGGCGUUGAUUAGUAGAAUGAGUUGACUACGUUUUCUGCACUUUUUAAAAAUCCUAAGGUUUUAUUCAGUAUGAGUUAUAGCCACCAACCAUUUGGUUCAUAGCAACCAUCAUCAUCCAUGUAUCUCAUUGGCUGCCCUCCUUGCAGCUGAGACUGAUGAUUGUUAUUAUUCCUUGGCCACAGUGAAUACUUUUCAACUGGCUACAAUUUAAGCUCUACCAGAGGCAUUAGCUUUGCUAAUUUAAAAAAGUUAAAAUGCAGCUUUGUCUUAAUGAUCACAAUCUAACUGGCGUUUACUAAUGAUAUUGCAUUAUUUCACGCUACAAAUCAUUAUAUUUAGUAUUACUUACAGAUAUUUUGGGGCAACUUUGCAAAACUGUAUUAUUUAACAUAAACAUUAAAAAGGAUAUAUACAAUGUUAGGUAAAAUUACUAUUACAUUGAAACGUAUGUUCAUCUGGUGGCAUCCUUUCCAAUUCAAGUGACCUGGAAGAGGUCCCAUAGGUAUUUUCUCCUUUGAACUAAAAAAGCAUUUCGGUAGGAGUCUAAGAUCCUGUUAUAGGCCUAGAUUGUUUGUGUAACAUUUUACUACUCCAGUUGCUUUGUUGAUUUGUUGUCUUGCUCUGAUGUUAAAGGAGAAAUCUGGCGAUUUUUUACAUAGAUCUCCGUUUCUCGAGGUCACUGAGUACUGUCGAAAACCCCCCGAAAACAAUCGAUUUUACCUAGUUCGAGUUGCUAGUUCCAACAGCUAAAGUAGCCAGGCAGCUACAGUGCUGCACUCUGUGGGCAUGAACAAGGGGGCUCACGAACAUGCCCCCAGAGUGUAGCUGUAGCUGCCUGGCUACUUUAGCUGUUGAAACUAGCAACUUGAGCUAGGUAAAACCGAUUGUUUUCGUUUUUUUUUCAUACCGACAGUACUCGUGACCUAGAGAAAUGGAGAUCUAUGAGAAAAAUCGCUGGAUUUCUCCUUUAAGCUUUGUUCUGUUUACUCAAACUAUUUAAUGUAUUAAAUGUACUUUCUAUUAAGUAAUAUCACUGAUAAUACAUUUGAAUUAUCUCUCAUUCCCCACUGAAGUAACAAAAAAUAAACUACUUUGUUGUCAAAA